GGAGUAUUUUUUUGUUGUCUACGGCUAAGAAAAAAUAAACUAUAUUAUAUGUAAUAAGAAAAAAACAACGUUGUACUAAUGUUUUUAAAAAAACAAUUGUGCUUUACACGUUAUUUGUUGUAUAAAGUCGGUUUUCCCAGGAGAUCACGCAGUAUUAACCAUUUUUAAAUUAAUAUAUCACAAUCUAAGAAAUAAGUAAUGUUUAUACAUCCAGAUUCAAACGCUUUCAGCUUGUGCGGUAAAGUGUCAUAAUUUACGACGUUUGCCUCUGCUUUCCGGCCUGCAUUUCCCCACUGUUUGGUUGCUAGGUGUUUUAGCGUCCUAUCUGUGUACGGUUGCUAGCUAAUGACUAGCUGCCUGAUAUUGUAAGUGAAGCCCAUAAGCCUUGUCGAAAAAUGGAUUGUAAAAGUUUUAGACGCGGACGAACACGUUAAAAGGAAAAUAGCCUGUAUUCACCAAUGUGUGUAAAAGGCUGUGCAGGAUGCUUUAAUCAGUGCAGACACCUUUGCUGUCAGUAGGUGUUUCAAAGGUUUUGGUCACUCACAUGAGUUCCAGGGACGCAGCCAAGAUGGGGGACAUCUUGGCAACUGAAGCCGAUCUUCUUGGGAUGAUCAAGGAGUACCUUAAGUUUGAGGAAUUUGAAGAAACUGUUAACAGUUUUGACAAGGAGUGCAAAAGCAAAGGGAAGCUCGUCUCGAAGCCUCAAGGAAAUACUCUCAGAGACUCAAAGACUUGUGGCAUUAAGAAAGACCUCCUUAGCUCUUUUGAUGAUGGAGAUCACAAAGUGUUCUUUGAACUGUGGACCGAGAAUAUUCCCUCUGAGAUAAAAGACACAGACACCGAGGCCCAGAGCCUGGAGUUUUACCUUCACAUCCACUUCACUAUCUACCCACUGAGGAGGCACCCUGCUAGACAAGACCGAGCUGAGUUUGAGGAGAGGAUUUCCCACUUCAAGCAGUACCUGGAGACCCGGGGAGCAGCGCUGAGCCAGACCUCAGAGUUUCUGCCUUACUAUGCCUUGCCCUUUGUUCCCAACCCUACAGUCCACCCCUCCUUCAAAUAUCUUUUUCAGGAUUCCUGGAUACCACAGUUGAAGGAUAAGCUGGAGCCGUUUCUGGCAGUGACACUGAAGCCGUCCAACACCCCGAGGCUGCUGAAUUUAUAUAAGGAGGGAGGAAGGGGUACUAAAGAGGCCAUGCAGCAGUUACAUCUCCAACUUGUCGAAUCGGACCGGCGCAUCACCAGCUACGUGCGGAAGUUCAACAAGAUGCAGGCAGACUAUCACAACCUGAUUGGAAUCACCGCUGAGCUGGUCGACUCAUUGGAGGCCACCGUCAGUGGAAAAAUGAUCUCCCCUGAGUACCUGCAGAGUGUGUGUGUUCGCCUGUUCAGCAGCCAGAUGAGGCGGAGCGUGGUGCAGAGCACCGACUUCACCAGACCUGGCACUGCCUCCUCGAUGCUACGAGCGUCCAUUGCGCCGCAGAAACCCAAGGAGGUGCCAAUGCUGCCCUCACUGGACUAUGAGAAGCUGAAGAAAGACCUGGUCGAAGGCUCAGACAGACUCAAGUCCCUGCUGCUUCAGGCACUGCGCUGGAGACUGACUCGCUCACUCCCUGGUGAGCAAAGAGACACAGUACUUCAGGCCUUUAUCAGUAACGACCUGCUGGAGCGCUACAGCACAAGACAGAAAACUUUGCUUCAUUUAAUGAGAUCGAAGAACGAGAUUGUCCGCCAAUACAUGGCUCGUCUCAUCAAUGCAUUCGCGUCCUUAGCAGAGGGUCGGGUUUACCUCUCCCAAAUGCCCAUUCUUCUGAGACUUCUGACAGAGGCACUCAGGACGGAGGAAAAAGACUCCCUGGCUCGAGAGAAUGUGCUAGUGGCCCUGCAGAAGCUCAGCCUCAGGAGGAGCCAGCAGACCGCCAUGAUAGCAGCCGAUCUGAUUGGCUGGCUGGUGGAUGAGCUGCAGGACUCGGACUGCCUGAGUGACUACACCCUGGAGUAUUCUGCUGCUCUGCUCAUGAACCUGUGUCUGCGAACGAAAGGAAAAAGGAAGUGUGCAGAGAACGCCAGCCAUGUGCUAAAGGUUCUAACUGACGUCCUUGGACAUGAGAACCAUGAGAUUCGACCAUAUGUGAAUGGAGCCCUGUACAGCAUCCUGUGUAUUCCCUCUGUGCGACAGGAAGCCAAAGAGAUGAGUGUGGAGGAGAUUCUCCGCUGCUACAGCAAAGAGGAGAACCCAGACCUCAACAGACAGAUUGAGUUCAUCAUUAAACAGCUGAACUCUGCAGAUGAAGAGGGGCCAGAAUCAGAUGAUGAAGAAGAUGAGGACGACAAUGAUGAAGAUUUAAUGGAGACAGACCUUGAUGCAGAGGAAGUUCUCCAACCGCAGCCCAGGGAACUGUCUGGGGAGAGUCUGCUCACUACCGAGUACCUGGGAAUUAUGACCAACAUGGCAAAAGUGAAGAGGAAGUCAACCCCUCUGUCGCAACCAAGCGUUGAUGAACCCCUACAACGGCCGGUCACCCCAAGUUCUCAUCGGAAUUUCAACCCGCUGGACUAUCGAUCUGACGGUCAUGGGGGUGAUGGUAGCAGGGACAGGGAAUUCCCCUUUGGCAGACAGAAGAGCGAGGAAGGAAGCCUGCCUCCGUCUCAAAACAACUCCAGACCUCCCACACGCUCCGGCAGUCGCCCCAGCACUGCUGACUCCCUACGCCACAGUAUCGACUCUCAGUGCGGCCGGUUGUCCCAGGAUUCCGAGUUGGACGGGCCAUUCGAAGGGCGAGCCAGAAAAGGGUGUUCCCAGGAGGAACCCAAUGGACAAUCUGCCAGUGAUUUUGUCCCUGCAUUUACAAGCCAUCCCAAGAUUCCCCGUACACCUGACGCAGCAGACAGCCAGACCGUCGGUGCUCACCGGGCUCGAGGCCCAGCUCUGGCGCCCCAGUUUUCCCACUCGGAGCCUCAGCAGAGCAGCCGGCCAGGCUCCGCCAGCUCCACAGGAGGAGGGGGACGACAAAGUGGAGGCAGCCAGUCAAACAGGAGGUGAAGAGGGAGCUGUCACCAUGGAAUAGCACAAUCUCCCCAAGAGCAUCAGGCUUCCUGUAACAUCAUCCCUUCAGGUUGUGAUCAGGGUCAGGGCAACAGAGAUGGCCGAGGAUCAUCAGCAACAGGAGUAGGGACUUGAACAAUGCAAUGCAUUGUGAAUCUCCAUUUUUUUUUUUUUUCCCCCCUUUGGCUUCAGCACAGACUUCUUCUGUAACAUAAUAUAGACAAUAGCCACAACCCCCAGCCGUCCCACCCUGUGCAAGUUGUAGCCUUAGUUGGCCCUGAAUUUCUCCACUCUCUCAUCAAGGUGAGAAUUGGCACACCUAAAUAUGUGCAACAUCCUCCAGCAUUGAAAAAAAUCAUCUUUAACAAGAUGUCAUUUGGAAGUAUAGCUCUGAUUCGGGGCAGUUCAAGAGUAAAUAUUUGAUCAUCUUUCUGGUUUCUGGUUUUCUGACGUAAGCAUGUCUUCACAUCUCUAUAGACUUCUUUAUUUUUGUAUAAAUCCUCAAUAUCUGCAUUUAAGUCUGAAUACAAGCUGACGUGUUCAGACUUAAACAUAACAUGGUUUUACAUGGUUUUAACUACACAUAAACCGGGCGUGAAUGGUUUGGGAUACCUGACAGAGCUAGGCAUAGAGAUAAAAUGUAUGAUCAUUUUUCUGUGAAUAUAUCAAAGUGUAAUUCAUUUGAAUUGAGGCAUGGCAAGGUCUCUUUUGUCUUCGAAUUGAUUGUACAGACAUUAAAAGUGAAAGAUCAUUUUUCCAGAGCUCAUCUUGAUUCCACAAAUCUAUAAUCUUCUGGAUCACUACGUACUGUAUAUAUUGAUUUUUGACUGGUUGAAAAAUAUCCAUACACAUGAAUAAAUAGUUUUACCGGCUUUACUUCAAAUAUAAGAUAUUAUCUCAUAUCAGAGUCGCUGCUAUUGUUUAUGCUUCAGGAAACGUUUACAGAAAGACACAGGUCGUGAUGUGAGUGGUCAGGCUAGUGCAUGUUUUUGUAUAUUUAAAAGUGUUUAUUGCUAUUAACAUACACCACCAUCCAUAAAUCUGACAAAAAAAAAACUUGAAAUUGAGUGAAUGUCUUAAAUCAAGCAUUGUUUGCAUUGUACAUUUGCACUGUUUUCCAGGUGUGGUGAUGUACAGUAUAUUUAUGUUUACUGCUGCUUUUUUGUUGUAAUACAUUUUGAUAGUAAUUGAUUUUGAUACUGUUCAAGUGGUUUUAAAUAAA